GCUGGGGCCGGGCGCUCCCGGCGCUGCCGUAAAGCGGCACGGCGGCGGUUCCGGGAGCAGCGGGUAACAAAACCCAAACAAACCAAAAAAAUCACACAAGGACACAGUUCACUGAAAUGUGAGAAUGGCCAAUUCUUUAAGAAGUGAAGUGAUAAAACUGUACAAAAAUCUGCUGUACCUUGGAAGGGAGUAUCCCAAAGGAGCAGACUACUUCAGAAGCCGGUUGAAAGCAGCUUUUCUAAAAAACAAAGAUGAGACAGAUCCAGAAAAAAUUAAGCAGCUGAUUGCCCGGGGAGAGUUUGUUAUAAAGGAGCUGGAGGCUUUGUACUUCCUGAGGAAAUACCGAGCCAUGAAGCAGCGCUACUACAGCGACGACAAGCCCUGACUGUGCCUGUAACCACACACACCCAGCAAAGGUAAAAAUAAAAGAGCUCUAACUGCAAAGAAGUGACAUGUAAAUCCUUCCAACCCCUCUACAGCACAAAUGAGGGAGCUGCUUCCCUGCCAGGGGUCACUUGAAGGGUUUGGGGUGUGCAGGUUAUGGUUAAUAGGUUUUCCUGUGCUGCUUUUGACCUCCUCAAACUAAAACUUAAGGUAUGAAAGGAUUUUGCAGGAAGGAGUGGUUGCACUGCCCUGUUUUGUUUCACUUCAAUGCUUGUGUUGAACAGAAACUCUUCUUACCCCAUAGCUGUGUGUUUGGGUGUCAGUUCAAGGUGCUAUGCUUGUUACCUGAAAGAUGAACCUGAUUUAAAAUCCUCCACAUUGAACAAUCUGAUUCUGCUGGAAAUGAGCACCCUCUCAGAAGUGAGACACCCAGCCCUGGAGAGGGAGUGCUGUGUUCAGUUCUGGUCUCCACAGCGCAGGAAAGACAAGGAGCUCCUGGAGAGGAUCAAGCAGAGGCCAUAAACGUGAGGGGUCUGGAGCAUCUCUUAUGAGGGACUGCAGGAGCUGGGCCUGUUUAGUCCAGGGAAGAGAAGAUUCAGAGGGGAUCUCAUCAAUGCAUACAAAUAUCUCAAGGGUGGGUGCCAAGAGGACGGUGCCAGGCUCCCCUCAGUGGUGUCCAGCAACAGGACAAGGAGCAAUGGCCGUAAACAUAAAGCAAGGAGUUCCACCUCAUGAGGAAGAAUUUCUGUACACUGAGGGUGGCAGAGCCCUGAACAGUUGUCCAGGGAGGGCGUGGAGUCUCCUUCUCUGUGGACAUCCCAAACUCACCUGGACUUGUUCCUGUGUCACCUGCUCCAGGUGACCCUGCCUGGGCAGGGGGCUCGGAUUAAAUGGUCUGCAGAGGUCCCUUCCAACCCUGACUAUUCUGUGAAAGUAAGUUCUUACAGUUUGUAACCUCACCUGCUCAGCCUGCAGAGGCACCACCUUGCUGUGUCAGAGAGACAACUGUGGGGUCAGGAAAGGGGUGAGUUUGAACAGCAGUGCUUUAAGCACUUGGGCCCUGAAGACAACUCCUGCAACUCCUCCCACGCUCUGUUGUCAGUGCUGGUUCUCCACAUACAGCAGCUGAUUUCUGCUGUUGUGUAACUGCUGCAGCAGGAAUAGAAAACUUGAUCUUUGCCCCUGGAAGAGGAGUUUGGCCAUGGCUGUUUGCUCCAGGGUGUCUCUGUAGGCCUUGGCUCAACUCACACUUGUGUCAGAGCUGACACUCUGUUGGGUUGGUUGGUGUUUCCACCAACUAAAUGACACUGGAGGGAGAAAUAAUCUUUAAAAACAGGUAAGGAAUCACUGCAGUAGAGCUGUUGGCAAGUUUUCAUACUGGCACUAAGGAGUGUUUUAAGGUCACUCAAAGAAUUGCCAGCAAAGGCAUCAGCAAAACCAGGUUUAAUAUAAAAAUGAAACCGUGGCAAAGUCCAUUCAACAAAGUUCACUCCAGUAUUUACUAGGUGGUUAAAGCACACAGAGAAAAAGCAAACUAAAAUCUACAAUCAAUCAAUUAAAACCAAAAUCAACCAACACUUAUUUCUGAGCAUGCUGGAGAUACAAAAAGGGUAAGGGUGGAAAAGGGUAAGGGUAAAAUGAUUAAAGGAGAUGUUCCCAUUGAGUCACUAAGUUCAGAGUGGAUCCCCCCUUGCUGAACUGAGCCCCAGAUCUGACCAGUAGUUUAUGCCUGAAGGUUUAACAGCACUUAAACUUAACAGCACCUGGUCCAUAGUUUAAUUGAGAACAAUUUAACUAAAGAUUCAUACAGAAUUUCCUAUAAGCACAACAGCAAUUCACUCAUAGGCCUGAGUUACUUAGAAUCUCUGAGAAUGCUACCCAUGGUACAUUUUCUAUAGCAUAUCUACACUCACAAACAGUCCUGAAGGAGUAUGUAGAAGGUAUAAAAUUCCCCUGGAAUUCACUGAAGCACUUACCUUGGAUACCUUUGCCUCUUGUCAGUGGCAGAAGGGUUGAGCCUCAAGGAAGGGGGAUAUCAUUCCAUGCUCUGCUGUCAGUGCUGGUUCUCCAAAUACAGCAAACAGGAGUUCACUGGCUCUGAGGGAGACUUGGUCCCUGCCCACUGCAGUCCAGCAGAGCUCCAAGGGCCUCACUCAGGCCCACUCUUUAUGGGGGUCACAAGUGAGGUGGGUUUAGUCAGCACAGUCCAGCUCAGUGACUUCCUUUGAAAUUUCAAAAGCAAAAAUGCUGUUCCACUGGGGGUGUUUUUCAGCCAGGCAAAUAAGUUUCCAGGGCUGUUGGUUACAAAGCAGGAGCUCUUCAGACAGCACCAAUUCCUGGGAACUGUUCCUGAAGUGGUCCAGGGGAGCUCAGCCCAGGAAUGCUGAGUGAGCAUUUCUGACAUCUCAGCUGGCCUGAGGAGGAGGAGGAGGGAGGGGAGGGAUGCAGCACCAUCCUCACAGAAUUCUAGGACAGCAUUUACAAAGUGAUGGCAGAGUACAGUACCUUGUGAUGAAAUGCACAGGCUCCAGUUUCUGCCACCACACUGAUGUGAACAACUUCUUCCACAUCAACUGAGCUCCUCUGCACUUCCACCUGCUCUGAGCAGCCACCCCUCAGAGACAGGGCCACCAAGGGGGCAAGGACAGCAGCUCUGGGACAGCAGAAGUGCAAGAAGGACCAGAGAACAACUGCCAAACACAUGGAACUCGUGGGAUGCUCUGUUACCCCAAAUUCUUGCAGAGGAAAAGGAAACUGGGACAGACACUCACAAUAACUAUUUUUUAUUACAUUACAAUAAAUAGGAGCAG